CCCCAACAUCUUUGGCUGUGUGCUCUGUUUUGUGCUUUUCGUUGCAUUGUGCCGCAUUAUUCCAGGGUAGUCAGGAUGUCCAGCCUCUCUCGCUCCGUCAAUCUUCUUCUGCGCACCAGCAGGUCCUCCCUGCUGCGUCCGCGCGCCGUCAACCCUGUUCACCAUGUCUUCAGCCACGAGAAGCUGGCUGCUCGUGGACUGGCUACUGCCUUUGAGCGCACCAAGCCUCAUGUGAACAUCGGUACCAUUGGUCACGUCGAUCACGGCAAGACCACUUUGACCGCUGCGAUCACCAGACACCAGGCCUCCAAGGGUCUCGCCCAGUUCCUCGACUAUAGCUCCAUUGACAAGGCGCCCGAGGAGCGUAAGCGUGGUAUCACCAUCUCUACCGCUCACGUUGAGUUCCAGACCGAAGAUCGUCACUACGCCCACGUCGACUGCCCUGGUCACGCCGAUUACAUCAAGAACAUGAUUACUGGUGCUGCGAACAUGGACGGUGCCAUUGUGGUUGUUGCUGCUUCGGAUGGUCAGAUGCCCCAGACCCGUGAGCACUUGCUGCUUGCCCGCCAGGUCGGUGUCCAGAGACUGGUUGUCUUCGUCAACAAGAUCGACGCCAUGGAGGACCCGGAGAUGUUGGAGCUUGUUGAGCUCGAGAUGCGUGAGCUUCUGAGCCACUACGGAUUCGAGGGUGAGGAGACCCCCAUCAUCUUCGGAUCUGCUCUCUGCGCCCUUGAGGACCGCCGCCCCGAUAUCGGUGCCGAGCGGAUCGAUGCUCUUCUCAAGGCUGUCGACACCUGGAUCCCCACCCCCCAGCGUGACCUCGACAAGCCCUUCCUCAUGUCCGUGGAGGAGGUCUUCUCUAUCCCUGGACGUGGUACCGUCGCUUCGGGUCGUGUCGAGCGUGGUAUCCUCAAGAGGGAUACUGAGGUCGAGAUUGUCGGUGGAAGCUUCGAUACCAUCAAGACCAAGGUCACCGAUAUCGAAACUUUCCGCAAGGUCUGUGAGGAGUCCCGCGCUGGUGACAACUCCGGCCUCCUUCUCCGUGGUAUUCGCCGCGAGGAUGUCCGCCGUGGUAUGGUCAUUGCCGUCCCCGGCAGCACCAAGGCCCACGACAAGUUCAUGGUCUCCAUGUACGUCCUGACUGAGGCCGAAGGUGGUCGCAGCAAGGGCUUCGGCGCCAACUACCGCCCCCAGCUCUACAUCCGUACCGCCGAUGAGUCUGCCGACUUCACCUUCCCCGACGGUUCCCGGGACCGCCGCGUCAUGCCCGGUGACAACGUCGAGAUGGUGCUCAAGACCCACCGCCCUAUCGCCGCCGAGGCUGGCCAGCGCUUCAACAUCCGUGAGGGUGGCCGCACUGUCGCCACCGGUCUCAUCACCCGUGUCCUGACCGAGUAAUUUCAUUUUCUUCUUCUUCAAGAAAGAAAUAAAAGGCUUUAAUAGACGGAAGGGGGGCUACUGAUACCUUGACUGACUUGGCCGAUUUGUACUAUGAAUCCUAUCCUCUUCCUGCAUCGACGUGGAGCAGUUUGAAGAUAAAGCAUGGAAACCAUGUCACUCUCAUACGGAUGGAGGUGUGUCUCGGAGUUUUCAAUUUUUUUUUUCCCUUCUAUUUUACUUGUCAUAUUUCUUGUAUCAAUGUAUUGUACUCCUG